AUGGUUUUUCGCGAGCUUGGAAUGUUCGAUUACGAACUCGAAUUAGAAAUGGAUAUUGAUAUGGAGUUUGUGAAAAUGGAAGUGAUGGUUCAAUUGUUGUCGAUUUCUCUAUUGCGUAUGCAGUAUGCUGGUAUUGAGUGGUCGUUUGAUUCGUGGGGGCAUGUGGCGUUAUGGACUAAUCUAUCGGUGCAGAUGAAGGAUUGGCAGCAGACCUGUCAACCAAACGACAAAGACAGUGUUAUAGGGAAGCUAAUGUGUUUUGAUGAAGUGAGGGCCCCUCAGAAGCUCUCCCAUGGAAAAUACAGAGCACUAUCUGAAAGCUAUGUCCAAAAUUCUGCUUCUGUGGGCCUUCGACGGGGCAGUUUCAUUGCUACUGGGCAUCAAAUGAAGGGAGAAUCUGGACUACACAUUUCCAAGAGUAAUAAUGAUGGCUUUUUAGACAAAUGUGUUGAGUCGAGUAAGGAAAAGGAUGCACAAAGCCAAAAUUGUCCAAGUGCUUCAAAUCAUGCCCUUAGAUACAAGCAAAAAUAUGAGCAGGACUCAAUUUCAAGUCACCUUGAUGAGCUCAGUGUUGAUUACAUGAGAAAAUCAUUAGGUCUCCCGCCAGAUACAAAUACUGCAACAACAUUGAAGGCGCAUUCCAAACAGCGAUACACAGAACUUAGGGAUUCGUUGAAACGUGAAAGUGGAAAAGACCACCGUCACGUAGCAAGUAAAGAGAUGGUGGUUAAAGGUAUUGUGCCUCGUGGAUAUAGUUGUAGUGCAUGCACCAAACAUAUGGCAAUAAUCUCUCACCAAGAAAGGCCUAGAAGCAGAUUCGAGGAGUUAUCAAGGACUGGGCAUUUGGGUGACAAGCGCUUAGUGGAUGAAGUUGAGGGGUUGGUACUUUCUAGUCCUGAUGAGAAUGAUUUAAAGGGUUACUGCCUUGGUCGUCAUCGUUCAGUUGAUAAAUCAUCCUGGGGCAGCUCAUCCACGAAGAAAAAUGUUGGAAGAUGUGAGGUAGCAAAAGAGGCUCGAGAAGUUGGUGUUCAUGUGAGGGGCCCAAAUCUUGAUGAAAUGCUUCCUUCGGCUGAUAGCAAAUCAAUGCCAACAAAAAGUUUAUGUAGUCCAUCCAUUUUACAGUCUAGAAACUCAGGGUCUUGCAGUCCUUCAGCUUAUAGCUUCAUAGACUUUUGGGAGGAUGGCUCUCGGAAGAGCUUACCGAUUUUUAAAUUUGAAACAAUAAAAGAGGCCCUCUCAUGUGCAAAUCAAGAUGAAAAUACUGAGAGAAAUAACUACCUGAACGAGAAAACAAUUUCACGAAAUGACGUUUUAGAACAUAAAGAUGGUGUUGCGGUUUGUGCUGCGACCAGUUGUGAUAUCGAGUUGGAAACGGUUCCUAUUAUCUCGUCUGCAGAAAGGGAGCAUUCUUCUUAUGCUCCGGAAGCUUCUGGUGAAGAGUUUUAUUCCAUGCAGAGACUCUUAAAUGAAUAUUCCGAGGAAGAAUCAUCUUUUUCAAACUGUUCCAGAAUAAGCCCUCCGGAGUUCCAGGACAACCUGAAGAAAACCUACCAGCAGAGCCCGGACUCAGUUCUCGAACAAUUUGAUAUUCAAAAUUUUUCUACUUCUGAAAAUUUUGACAGCAUUGGUGGCCUACUGCUGCAACUUGAAGCUUUAGACUUCGAUUUGGAAGAAACUUACUCUGAAGGAUCAGUGAUGCUUGUAUCGGGAGAUGAAGAUUUGGAUGAACGGUUGAAUGAUGUCGUUCAUGAUGCCGAACUCGUAAAAACGUGGGUUGGGGACAGCAGAAGCAAGAUCUACUCUUACAUGGUAGAUGUUUUAGACAAAGCCGGUUUUUGUGGAGUGAAUUCAUUUACGGACUUCAGGACAUGGCAUUCCCUGGAGUGCCCGAUAAGCCCUUCUGUGUUCGAUGCUGUAGAGAAAAAAUACGGCAAACAGACAACCUGGGUAAAGUCCGAAAGACAACUUCUGUUUGACCGUAUGAAUUCAGGGCUCGUUAGCAUUUUCAAUCCGGGACUAAACUUUCGUGCUUGUUCAAGUAGCAGAAUUUGUUCGUCUUUGAGACGUGAUGAGCUGGAAGACGAGUUAUGGAUGGUUCUAAUGGGCCAGGAGAAUGAAACGGGCCCUUUGGACAAGUGGUGUGAAAUCGAGGAAGGUAUUGAUAUCAUUUGUGAAGAACUGGAGACUGCUUUAUUUGAUGAGCUGGUGAAGGGAUUUGCUGGUUUGUGGAAUUUUGAUGAGUGAGAUUUUCCCUUUUCACUUACGUUUUUUUUUUCCUCGGUUUUGAUUCCCUAGUAUGAGAUGUGUGAGUGUGUGAGUGUAUAACUGUAUAUGUCUAUAUGUCUGUUCAUUUCGUCCUUUUCAUUUGUCUUGUGAGUAUAGCUUAGGCAGAUUGAAUUACGGAUGAUUACGCAAAAUUUUGUUGGGACCCCAGAAACAAUGAGUACGAAGGUGUUCUGUUUUGGCAUGGAUUUGGUAUAUAUGAUGAUUGAUGUGAGUUUUGAGUUCCUAUGUGUAUGUUAUUCUUGAAUGUGGACAGUGAUACAAAAACUGAAAUAUGAAGUUUAUAGUGAAUCUACGGAUACUCGUUUUUGGCUUUUUCUGGUAUUCCACAAUCGAGAGAUGUACUUAUAGGUGAAUAUAAUGCAUAAAGGGAUGAUUGUGACAAAACUGUGGGCACUUUUCGUUUCUCUGAGUCGAAAUCAUUUGCCGGAGGAGAAUAACUUUUCCGAAAAUGGAAACCUAGGUUAUGGUGACCAUCUUUAUAACUUCCGGACAAAGGCCGCAUGGAAAGGGUUGUUGGGAUGGUGGAUAAAAGGAGAGUAGUAAGGAAGAUG